AUGAAUUAUGUGGAUGGGGCAAGCUACCAUCAAGCCAAGAUAACACACCUCUUCUUCGAGCCUAUCGUCGGCGCUGCGGGUGCUUUCAUUCUCAGGGUAACAUACGGCUAUAACAUCGAGCCACACGGAGAAGACCCGUUAGUGCGUCUAGCGGAUCAUGCUCUAAAGCUUUUUUCAGAGGCCGCUGUUCCGGGAGCCUGGCUAGUCGAUCUGAUCCCGGCAUUGAAAUAUAUACCGGAGUGGGUGCCCAGUGGGAAAUUCCAUCGAGUUGCUCGAGAUCAUUUUGAAACUCUCACCAAACUUGUGGAGAAUCCGGUUGCCUUCACAAAACUUCAAAUGAGCCGUGGUAAAGACCGACAGUCCUUCGUAUCCACACUUCUUAAACAGGGAGAUGAUGAAGAAAUAGUCAAAUGGGCGGCUGUAGCGUUAUAUGGCGGUGGAUCCGAUACGACAGUUGCGAUCCUCGAAGGAUUUUUCCUAGCAAUGAUGCUGUUUCCUGAUGUCCAGCGCACGGCUCAAAAGGAGAUAGACGAUACAUAUGGCAAGCCCACUUUACCAACAGCAGCGGACCGGGCAAGGUUACCCUACGUGGAUGCGAUAGUAAAGGAGGCCAUCAGAUGGCACAGUGUUGCGCCCUUGGGGAUUCCUCACCGGACAGACGAAGACGACAUUAUUAAUGGUUUUCUUAUUCCCAAAAACGCAAUUCUGUUACCAAAUAUUUGGUCAUUCAACAAUGAUUCCACAAUUUACCCCAGCCCGCGAGAAUUCCGACCUGAGCGAUUCCUUGCCUCGCAGUCUACUCUGGAUCCGAGAGAUGUGAGCUUUGGCUUUGGUCGUAGAGUUUGUCCGGGGCGGGCGAUUGCUGAAACAUCCAUCUUCCUGAUGGUUGCUCACACACUGGCCCUGUUUGAUAUCCGAAUACCCAUUGGGAAAGAUGGCAAACAAAUUGAGCCAACGGUCGAUGUUACCCCUGGUUUAUUGAGUCACCCUAUUUCUUACAAAGCUGCAUUUACCCCACGAGGCCGCGAGCAUGAACAACUCAUUAUCGAAUUCGAGAAAACCCAUCCUUUUGAUGAAGGGGACUCGAAGGCCUUGACAAGCGCCCUACUUGGUGCGAAGUGA